AUGAAGAAUCUUUUCUUAUUGCUCUGGACACUUGCUCUAGGAUCAAGUUUUUUCGGAAAUUCAUUCGUCGAAUAUGAUUCGCGGUACCUCGAAAAUGCGGACCUUAAUUCGAAUACGAUCGUCAUCAAGUUUCUCACGGUUCAAGAAAGAGGCAUUAUCUUUUCCGCGAAGGGGAAAGAUUGUCAUUUGGAAAUUGGCGUGUCCCUAGGUCGUCCGUACAUAUUGCUGAAACUGCCUGGAACGCAAGAAGUGUCCCUGAGUAGCACGCUCGUGAUAACUUCGACGCCCGAGUACCAUGUCCUCCGGAUCUUUCGGCUAAACAAUAAGAUCUCACUCACCAUUGACAGUGACCUUCCCGUCACAACAACGAUACAUGCGGAAGACACACAUCUCGACUUUACCAAGGGCGUGAAGAUAGGAACAGCGAUCGCCAAAACGGUCAACACUAUUUCUGGCUUUCGCGGGUGCAUCAAAUCCCUCGAAUUUAACAAUGUCGCGCUUAUCUCGCCAAAAUCGAUUCCGCAAAGCACCAAACAGCGAAAUGUUCUGAGAGGAUGCUCUUCUGUCCUUAAAAACACGAAGAAAGAAACAUUUUCAUUCUCCAGGAGAAAAGGUGGAUAUGCAAGUUUUCUGGUGGCGAAAGAUGGAAUCGCCCUCAAAACGAUUAAUUUACAGUUUAAAUUCAAGUCGGAAAGUAUUUCCGGAAAUCUGGUCAAAAUUCCGACAAUCAUGGACGAUGGUUUCUUGACUAUCAAUUAUGACAAUGAAUACGUAUCGUUGUAUUUGACUAUUCAAGGCGCGGUAAAAUGGAAUACGACCGUGUCCUGCAUCGACAAGAAAAGCCCACAAGAUGGGUGGCACUUGGUAACAGCAACAGUCAGGCCUGGCUCGAACCCGAGCAUUGGGUGCAAUUCGCCACGCAGUCCGAAGUCAGUCGAGUUUCCAGACAAGAUCGAAAAGGAACGCAGCUUAGAAAUGACUGGUCUAGUGAUGAUAGCCGUCGAUAAAACUGAUUCUGUCGAGCUUGGCAAAGACUCCGUCUGCUUCAAAGGAUUGGCGAUCAAUGGAAAAGAAAUGACAUCUGGCGAUGUACGAAUCUCGUAUGCGAUGAAUAUUGGCUGUGGAAUUGACGAAGGACCUCUUAGGAACUCUGUUCCUAUCCAGAAGAUCAGCAAAGUAAUCAAUGUAGAAGUGAAUGAGGGAGAGAGUUUCAGUUUAAUAAGAUUCAUUUCACCUGCUUUUGGAAAGUCGCCGCGUAUACUUGAGGUCAGUCAAAAGCCGACCUUCGGCUCAAUCGAAAACGGAGACGAAGAAAUAGACGAGUUCAAAUCCUCUGAAGUGGCGAUCAUCUCCUACUACAACGAUGGAUCAGAGCACUCGAACGAUCUCUUCAAAAUCAUGACCAAAAACGGCGCAAACGAGUACGUGUUUCACGUCAAAGUCAAGCCUGUCAACGACAAACCGUCAUUUCACAUACCAAAUGAUUUCGUUUACCGACCAGUGAUUGGUUUUUCAAAUCAGUGGACUAAUGACUUAUUACGACUGGUUGACCCUGAGAGCCCACCGGAAGAGAUUUUCAUCUACGUAUUUGGAUUUAUUGAGACCAAGGAUCGCUAUUUUCAUUUCAAAGACGACAACACAAUGCUUUCUCAUGUUGAAUGUCCAGGAAAUGCUUUCUGCGGUGGAAUAGUGAGCUUCACUCUAAAAGACAUCAAUGAUGGCCGAAUUUUCUUCUAUGUUGGCAAAGAUGAGAGUGAGCCUAUCAAGUUUUCUCUGCGUGCUAAAGAUUCUUCCAGCAAUAACAGCUCAGAAUCUAACAUCGGUUUUCUCAACAUUCAUCCUGCACAGCUGGAAGUGAGACCAGUACGGAAUAACAUCAUCGAAGUUAGGCAAGGAUCAGAGAAAAUCAUCACGGAUCAGUUAAUCAAAUAUGCUACAAACGCACCAGCAGAUGAUAUUCCGAUACGCUUCGAAGUUUGGGAAAUACCAGAAAUCGGUGAGCUCCUUCUGUUGGACGAAAAUAACGAGUGGACUCUCGCAGAGAGUUUCACACAGCAAGAUGUCAACGAGGAAAGAGUCAAGUACGUCCAUCGACAAGGCAAGACAUACCAGAAAAUUGACACAAUCGAGCUUCAAAUCUACGCGGGAUCAGGAUCAAAGGAAAUAAGGACCGACAAAAUAGCAAAGAUCAAAGUAACCAUCAUCGAAAUCGAGUUUAUGCUCGAGAAAAAUUCUGUUGACCUCGUCGACUCUUCAAGCGUUGUUUUGGGCAAAGAAUGUUUCUCCAUCGAGGCGAGAACCGUUGGCGGACACUUGAUUGAUGCUUCCGAUGCGUUGGUCACUUUCACUUCCUUGCCAACGAAAUCGACGAUCUACGUUGGCGACGAGUCUAUUCGUAUCGGACAGCCGUUAAAGUACUCGGACUUCCUGGCAGGCAAAGUGGCGAUUCGCCCCGACGACGAAAUCCGCCAGCGUCUGGACGAUAUUCUCUACGUCAAAAUCAAAAUAGAUCAUCUGGAGACGUCUAACGAGUUCCGAGUUAACUACAAACCUGAUCCAGAGAAGAUUUUCCUGGUGAACAAUGAACUUCUGGUAAAUGAAGGGGCAAAGAUGGUGAUUCGCCAGGAUCACUUAUACGCAUCUAACUUGAAGGGCGAACGAAUCGACUUAGAAUUGAUUGAUUUACCUAAACACGGAAAACUGCGUAAAAUCAAAAUCGGCAACAAAAAAGAUAGCGAUGAGGCGUUCAUGAGGAGUCUUAGGAUGGACGAUAUUGAGAACCAGCGCAUCUUUUACGAACAUGACGGGAGCGAAACGAGGAAUGACUCCUUUACUUUCAACGUUAGAAACUUGGACAAAGGCUUGUUGACAACAAGAGCGAACAAACGUUCCGAAACGUUUUCGAUUAAAAUUAGUCUUGUGAACGAUAAUGCACCUAAAAGGCUCGUCGAUCGGGUUUUCAAAGUCGUCACGAACUCGGAGCGUCUCAUCACAAACGAUGAUUUAUGGUUCACGGAUGCUGAUACCGACUUUGCUGACGAAGAUUUGGUCCUCAACUGGCGUUCUAUUGACAACGGAGCAAUUGUGGAUCGCCGGACGGGGGAGAAAACCUUCGAAAUCACUCAGAAAGACAUAAAGGACCGAAAUGUUCUUUUUCGCCACACUGGUGCUUCUUAUGCGGAGGUGUAUUUCUGGGUCAAGGACGGCACUUUCACUACUACAGGCGUCCUAAGAGUGCGCGCCGGACCUGCUGCUGUCGAAAUUGUCAAUACAGCUGCAAUUAGCCUCCAAAAAGACUCGUUUGCGGAGAUAAGCCAGAAGAAUCUCUCCGCAUCCACAAAUCUCAAUAUUCCUACUGGUGAUUUACGAUGGUUUCUCGUCGAAGCGCCAACGCAGGCAGAGUUCCAAAUUAAUGGCGAGAAGGUGAACAUGUGGACGCAGCAAGACGUGAUCGAUGGACGGCUGUUACUAAAACACACACCAAAUGAAAAUCCGAAAUACGUCGACUUUUUUAGAAUCAAGGCAUACUUUGAUACAUACGAGUCAGAUGUGCGCAAUGUUGAACUCACAAUAUUCCUAAAAGACUUCCAAAAACCGAUGCGAAUCGUGGAAAAUAAGAAUCUUUUCGUUCGCGAAGGUGAGUCCGUUCGAGUCAGCAGAAACGACUUAAAAGUGAGCCAUAUUUCGUCGGCCCCGAACGAGAUUGAAUACCAAGUUGAAGCAGCUCCCAAUUUGGGGAAACUAGUUGACGCUGCUGGAAACGUAGUAACGAAAUUUUCCCAAGCUGACAUUGAUCACGACGCGAUUCAAUACCAAAACAACGGUGUCCCUGGAAAAGUCAAAGACGCUUUCAAACUUCGAGUCACCAAUCAAUUCACAGCACUACAAGACAUCAUAAUCGGCAUACACAUCGAGCCUCGACACCUAAGAGUCGUUGUUGAUGUCAUUCAUGAUAUUGUUGAAGGUGGCAACGUUUACUUGUCCAAAGGGAUCAAGAUCCAAGGGGAUGAACUUAAAAUGACAAAUGUAACUGUCGAAAUUGUAAAAGGACCAUCAUUUGGAGCUCUCCGGAUGCUAGGAGGAAAAACCGACGUGCAUAGCUUCAAAUAUGGAUCAAUAAACAAGGUUCUUUACAUUCAUGACAACAGCGAAAAUCACAGCGACAAUAUGACGGUGAUUGCAAGGCCUUCAGCCGACGAUAGCUGGCAUCUCCCGUCGGCAGCGACGGUCGUUCCAAUCAGAAUAACUCCUGUUAACAACAAAGUCCCUUUUAUGGAGAACAAUAAAGUCCUCGAAGUUUGGGCAGGAUCAACUAAAGUUAUUACUCGUGAGGAGCUACUUUACUCAGAUCUGGAUAAUGAUCCUUCCGAAAUCGUCUAUGAAACAUCUGACUGCAAAGGAGGAUACCUAGCGAAUCGUGCGGAUUAUUCAACGAAGAUCUCCAAAUUCAGCCAAAAACAAAUCGACGAUGAGCAAAUUAUAUUUGUCCAAGAAGGUGAUCGCCCGCCAUCAUCCCGAUUUUCAUUUCAAGUCACUGAUGGUGAACAUUACUCAUCCGGCGCACCUUUUGUAAUUGACAUACAGCUGCUGGAGAUCUCACUAACGAAGUCCUCUGAAAAAUUCCAAGUUUUCCCAGGAGAAUCGAAAGUUAUUCUACCAACGAACCUUUGGGCGACGACAAAUGAAGCGCUCGAUUCUGAUCGUGUGAUUGAGUUCUUCAUUGAAAGACCUCCUGCAUGCGGUGAGAUUGUCGAUGCUUCCGGUGCAAAGUUAAAAAGCUUCACACAAAUCGACAUCAAGAACAAAAAUGUUGUUUACAAAGCUGCGCUGGACCAAACCCAGUGGAACACAGUAGACGUCUUCACAUUUUCUGUCCGCGCCCAACCCGCCACUCCGCUAAAGCAGAACAACUUUUUCGUUCAAGUUAGCUACGAUAAAGACAAUGUCCCUCAGUUAGCGAAACUGUACCCCCUGAAAGUACAAGAAGGUGGUUCUGAAACGAUAAACCAUCAAUAUAUCGACGCUUCGAAUUUUUUCCUGAAAGUACGUUCCGGAGAAAAUAAAAACGAUUAUAGACUCGAAUACGAAGUGCUCAAAGUGCCCGAGCAUGGAAAAUUGUUUCUUGACAGGAUGGUGCUGCGCAAGGGAUAUCCGUUGACGCCAGGCAACUUCUUAUCCAAUAAAUUGAGAUACGACCACGAUCAUUCCGACUUCCCUUCAGACUCUAUUCAAAUGAGCGCCCGCUUGAUUGACGAGCAGUACGAGAACGUUCCCGACAUAGUCAAUGUAAAUUUCACCUUGCAAAUAGAAGUUGAAGGAAUUAACGACAACAUACCGGAAUUGCGCUUUCCAGAUAGAAGUAAAUCCACUGUAAACAUUAUCGAAGGGCAUCCACAUGCGCUUGGCAAAGAUGAUUUUGAAAUAUAUGACAGCGACCGUGAUGAAAUUAUUGUCAAAAUUCAUCAAGGAACUUCCCUCGGAGAAUUCAAAAGAAGCGACAAAAUCGAUGAUGAGCUCGAAUUCUUCACUAAUACUGAAAUGAAUGAAGGAAUGAUCCUGUUUUUACCGAGAGAGGAUGCGAAGCUAAAUGAGAUUAGCUCCGUGACAAUCAGUUUUACCGAUGGUUUUCAUAACGAGGACUUUCAACUGUUGCAGAUACAAGUUCUACCUUUCAAUCUAGAAAUCGUUGCAUCAGAAAUAGAAAUCGCGCAAGGCGAUCGAGCAGCUCGUCUCUCAACAUUUGUAAAUAUUACUACCAAUGGUGACCUAAGCCGUGUUUCUUGCCAUUCUACCAGUCCUUUGCAUGGAAAUAUUAUCCUCGAUUCGGAGCCCUUGAAGUCCAAAAAGUUCUACUCUGCUAGUUUGAAUCACAUAAAUUACGUGAUAUCCGAUGGUAUGGCGACAGAAGACUCAUUCGUUCUAUCAUGCAAGAGCGAUCUCGUCAAAGAUUAUGUUGCUCAAACUACAGUUAGUGUCAAAUUGAUUUCGGGGGUGAAGUCGGCAGAUGAAUACAUACUCCUUAAUCCUCAGCCUUCGCCUUUUACUAAGUUCACUGACGAUAUUCUGGACACCUCGAAACUUCUUCAAUACAGCCCGAUCUUUUUUGAGCCAGUAAAGACAAACGGUUUGGAGAUUCGACGAUUGGAAGGCUCUGUUUCGGAGACUGAACAUAAAAACAACUCUGAAAGCGUAAACUGCACGGAGUUCAAUGGCUUCUCUUUGUGUUCGCCGAUAAAGUUCACCCUGAACGAGAUGAAUUCGGGUGUUAUUUUUAUUGAAUCGAGCGCAAACGACGUUGCCACUGAAUUAAAGUUGCUAGUGUCGGCGUCAAUGAUACCACCAGUGGAAUUCGCAACACCCGUUGAAAUGGCUGACGACGUGAACGCAGCGCUUCUGCCGCACUUCGGAAUUUCUUCUGAUGAACUGUACUCUCACAAAGACGAAGGCGAGCAAGAGCAUCAAGGCGCUUUUGUGCAUAAACCGACCACACUGCCAGACGAUGAUCUGAGGCCAAAGUCGCCUCAGACUAAGAAAGAAUUUGUCACCCCGCCGAUUCAAGACACUCGUGCUAGCGAUGAAGAGGACACACCCGCGGUUCCUCUAGAGCUAGGCUCAUUGCUAUACGUGAUUCCUGCUGCAGUACUCCUUGUUGUACUUGUUAUAAUUAUUGGUGCCGUCAUUUUUUCAAGAAAACAAAAAGCUAGAAGAGACUCGAAUGAGAAGAAAUUCUUGACAAAGUAUUCGCCACCUACAACUAUCAAGAAAGAAGAGAUCGAAGGCGCAACUGUCUAUUCCUAUCCUGCUGCGCACGACUCCUCCGUAAAGGUUACUGUCCCACAAAAUCGCUACGACUCUCUGAUGCCAUCAAUUGUUGUACGUCCGCUUGCACCCGAUGAGUCAAUUUAUGAAGGAUCUGUCUCAGAUGACGGAGGCCAUACUGCUUAUGCUGGUUCAAACUACUUCGGUGUUCUUUCCAUGUCCAAUUACGAAGAGAGUCGCCCAGAUACUAACUCAAACUCGAUGGAAGAGUCGUCUCUUCUUGAUCAUAUGGACCAAGUUGACCGAAUGAGCCACUUCACGACAGACACGCUGCAGGCAAAGACGCAGCAUUGGUCACUGCCCUAUCAAACUCAAUCCAGAGGAAAACCAUAUUCAAAAAGCUCUGUCGAAAACAUAAACGAGAAAAAAGAAGAAAAUCCGCUAACUAGAAGCUCACCACCAAAAGUCAGCAAGGAUAAAUGUGUGUACACAAAAAAUGGGAAACACGAUUCCGAAGACUGGGUCUGUAAAGAAUGCUUCAAGGCCUAUCCUGGAACUGGCCAUAUCAAUCGGACAAAUUACCCUCAUCAACUCCCAUCGUCGAAAUCGAAUUCUUGUUCUCUCUGCAAAGAUAACAAAGGCGAGCACGAGGACUACAUUUGCGCUUGUUGUUUCCUACCUUUUACGGAAUCUUCUUAG